UUCCUGGUAACCCGAGCUCUUGUAACAAGCGAGGUUAUUCGGUGAUAUCUCUUUACAACCGUCAAGCGACAAUAGCGACAAUGGUUACAAAUAUAAUGACAGUGCACGCUGGGAUUCAGACUUUAUUCGCUACCAUAUUGCUACUGCACAGUAUCAAAGGCGAUUCUUCUCCCCCCUUAUGGCCAAAAGGCCGUUACGGUUUGCCGCGCCCUCGAUCAGAUUGUCCAAUGAACAGCGGAUUUGCGUGGACGACUGGUUCUAGGUUCCAGGCUCUUUAUCCGGCCUCGUAUUCCUCGGCCAAGAUUCAUUUAUAUGGAAGUGUGACGUCAGAGGGUGUUACGCAAUCCUUUUGUAUCAAGAACACCACAGACGGGGACCAAGUUAGACCAGAGUGGCCCCCUGGGAAAUAUUGUAUUUUUGCGAAGGGUAAUACUUGCCCGAAAAGUAUGAGAGGGGGCUGGUACCUAUUUGACGAUCGCCUCGAUUUGACGCCAAGCCCGAACAGAACGAUGGGUACUUUGCCUGAUGGUGUUUAUAAUGAAAAUACACUGUACGAUUUCUGCUGUUCGACUGGUGGAAGCACAAGCGAUGCCAUAUCGCUUCCAUUGGAUUCUCCAUUUUAUCUUUUUCCGUAUCAGUCUGCGAUGUGCCAAAAAGUCAAAGGCGCGCUGAUAAACACAGAGUAUAUAUGGUUUCACACGGACAUGAAGAAUGUCUAUCAACCGCCAUUACCUUUCAAGUUAACAGCCGAUUCCUCAAAGCUCUUCUACUGCCACUACAGAGCUUGUGGAUAUAACAUAAACUCCACAAUUGGAGAAGUCAAGUCAGAGUACUUUCCCGCCAAAUACCCAGUUGAUGUCGAUUGCAAGUGGAGGAUCACGGUCCCCAGUCACCAUAGCAACUACCACUUCGUCAUAACAUUGAUGAACUUCACCUUGGAUGCUUCAAACCCAUCAUGCUCGGCGAGCUGUGAGUGUAACGAUUGGCUUCGCAUUACCGGAACCGGAAAUGAUUCGCGUACAUAUUGCGCAGGUCCACGAAAACCCCCCUCUGUCAUCAUUUUCACUGGUAGCUCCUUGACAAUCGAUUUUCAUUCGGACAAGACCGGAACUGCGAGUGGCUUUCGACUGCUUUAUGUCGCUCUGCCAAUUGAGCCAACUUCUAUGACAACAGUAACCUCCUCCAGCAAUGGCAGCAGCACAGCUUCCCUAAAAACCACUGAACACAGUAAACCCACAGACCCAGAACUGCCGACCACAACAGCUCCCCACAAAAGCACAGGAACACUUAUCCCUUCCGUCGGGGGGAGGGUAAGGCACUCGAAUGACUUUUCAGACUGGGUCAUUGUAGUGGCAGUGCUGGUUGCGAUUGCUACCAUGGUAACGGUUGGGUUAUUGGCAGCUUUGUACAUACGGCGUUCAAGGAAGGACCCUGUGUUGGUGGGUCGACUGACGAUUCGCUACAGCACCAAUGAGGACAGUGAUAUCAUGAUGGAGCGGGCUAGUAAGAUAGACAUGUACACUGGCGAUCUCGUCGAUUCUGAGCCGAUUCCAGAAACAGACGAGAACCCGUUUUAUGAGAGCAAGCUACAGAUACACAGUUCUAGGAAAGACAGCAGAAAAGGAAGCAAAAAGGCGUCAAAACAAGAGAGUAAGAACCCACUUUAUGACGGCGCAGUCAACGCAGCAUGCGAGCUUGACUCAAAGGCUAGCGUAGUUCCAAGUCAAAAGAGCGAAAACCCCAUAUAUGGCGAUGGUGAAGACAAUCAAAACAAGAAAAGCGAUGUCACGCCCAAAGCACCUGAUGCAAGCGAUGCGACGGAUGCUGCGAAGAUCGACAUCUACUCCUCUGUAGACGCUGAUCACGUUGCGUUAUACGAAAGCUUACCAGACCUUGCCAAAGAGACAGAGAAUCCCUUAUACGAAAGGCUCAUGUGAACCCGGCCAAGACUUUUCGUGCACAACGUUGAAGCAAAUCUUUUUAGCAAGACUAACAUGAUGAGAAUAAACCUCCUUUGGGAGGGGGUAUGUGUGCCUAAAUUUACUAUAGUCCAUUCCUUUAAUCAAGCAAUGAGACAUAGUUCAUUGCCGCAUAUAGGAAUAUAUGCUUAAUACUAUUUCAAGUGUUUUUUCGCUCUUUAAAGAGGACCUGACACGAAAAUACAUCAGAUAUAAUAAUGAUUAUUAAUGAUAACUUAUUAUCAAUGUGUCCCUUGAACUUGUUUAAAAUAUUAAGUUAUAUAUUUUUUUUAAUGUUUGAAAAAUUUUGAUUGACGUCAAGAGAUUUACACACUAUAUGUGUAGAUAAGGGCGCGCUUUAUUCCAGUAGCGGAUCUAGGGGGAGGGUUUAGAAUGUCUUAACCCCCCUUGGCCUGCCAAGGGAACGUUUCAUGUGCAGAAUUUUUAUCUUGGGUGCCUACCCCUAUCCGUCUUUUGUUUUGUAGAAUGAAAGAGCUAGAAUACCAGGGAGCGUAUAAAACAAUACAGUACUUGGAAUGCAAACAGGAUGAUUGGUCCGUAUUUUAAAUUAAACUACCUACUAAGAUAGGAA